CUUUUCCCAGUUAUAUCAUGUGCGCUUCCGUAGUAUUGGAUCUCAUUAACGAUAUCUGCGGAUUAGGUUUCUCGAAGAAACCCCGAUCGAUUGUGGCCAGUUGCGACAUGGCGACGAUCGCGUUCCGACUCCUCUCUCGCCGGACUCUCACCAGCGCCAUAGGCAAGGCCGCCGAGCACCUUCCUCAGGGUCGUUGGUCGUGGCGGUCCUAUCUGCUUGGCUUCGACGACACGGCGAUGGCCGAGGCCAAAAGGCGGUUAGGCCACGCGUCGUACAUGAAGCUGCUGGAGAAAGAGCAGGCAGCUGUCGACCGGACCCUCGGCCGCUUGGUUUUUGGGUCGGCCGUGGUUUCCGUCGGAUUGCUCCUUGCCAAGAUUUAUCCACCUCCCCCAGCAAGCGGACAUACAAUUACCCCUACUUCAGACGGGGUGUAGGGAAGAGAUCCCGGUUUCAUUUGGAUAUAUGAAAUACUCCAAAGGAGUAACAUGCUUUUCAGGUGCAAAUAAGAUGGGUGUAAUUCCUUUUUGAUGUAGCUCACCGUUCAUGCCGAAUUGGAUGGGUGUAAUUCCUCUUUUAUAUAGCUCAUCAUUCAGCCAAAUGAUAAAAUGGGUGUGAUUCUGAUAAUGUAUUCAACUGUCCUUAUAUACUACUAUCUCUGUAACUUUUUUAUAAGGCAUUUUUUUAAGAAUUUUUAUAAUACGUUUUUAGAGUUUAUGACAGCGUCAAAAAACGUCUUGUACUCAUUUGACUUGGUAUGUGGGGAGAUGACGAAGCGUGUUUUUUUUAAUAAAUAAAGCGGUAUUUUGAUGGUUUCUUUCUGGGGUAUAAUUAUGUUUUAUCUGCAAAUUAACAUAUAUAUGCAGGAAGUUUCUUGCAGUAGUGAUUACAUAUAUUAUAUUGGUGCUACAGUGUUGCAUGUUGGGUUGUCAGGUAAUGAGAGGGUGCAAGAGACUGUUGUAUUUUUGUGAACUGAUUGUUGUUGAUUGAUUUGAGAAAUAAUUGACCAGUCAAAAUCGUGAACCAAAUUUAAAAUUGAACACCUCACUUGAAUGAGAGAACUCCUUGGAAAAUUGUUGAUCAGGUCAAAAUUGAGAACCAAAUACAAAAGCAAUGUCUUCAAUUGAAUGAGAGGCCUUCACCCUCUAGGGAGCUUAUAGUGAUACUAGAAGUUCUUAGGGUUGUACAUGUUCUAUUUUUACGUGGUGAUUGCUUUUAAAUUGUGAAAAAUAUUUACGUGCUAGUUGGUAUGGCGUGUGGGGGAAACAAUGGAGUGUGUUCCUUUUAUCAGAGAUGCUACACCUACGGACAGACUUUAUGAAAUCAUGGUUAUGGAUGGAUGUGUCAUUUUUUUUUCAAGAAACUGAUGUGUCAAUUUAUGGUUGGAGAUUAGGGAAGAGUGGCUCAAGAGUGAAAAUCAGGAAAGUGAUUGGUGGGAGAGUGUUUGGUAUGACCAAUCCGUAGCGAAUCAUCUGUGAGUGUAUCAUUUUUCUUUUUCUGUUGUGGUGUUCGGGUGGGUCUUUUUGACCGUGUGAUUGGAGGGCGUCUUUUAUAAUUAAUACAAAUACAUGAGAAAAUUACCUAUUUUGGCAGCAUGUGUUACGCUGGUGCUAAAAGAGUUAUAGGGGGCACUUCUUUUUUGUCAAUAAAGGCCCAUACCACCCAGGCACGUACCAAGGGAUCCAUUCAUCGAGAGAUCCCACCAUGAAGCCCGACUCAAUGACCCAAUCAAUCAUGUAAACAAUCCAAUUUGAAGACCUAAGUUAAAUGAGGGGGCUUUAAAAUUAGAGAGCUUAAUGGAUUUAGAGAUUUCAUUGCCACAACCAAGGAUUGAUCAAGUCCAAAUCAAGGAUUUAAAAUUGUAUAGUCAAAUGGGAGAGCUUAAAAAAUUAUUGAGCAUAAUGUAUUAGAAAAUAAAUGAGAGAGCUCCUUGUGAAAUUGUUGACUCAGUCAAAAUUAGAUGACCCAAUUCCAAAUUGUAGUCCUCAAUUCAUUUUGAGGCCUUAAAAACUAGGGAACAUAGUGUAUAGUACUAGGGUUUCCCCUUAUAUCUCCUCUUGAGGUUGUGCCAUCGGUAGAAAAUGAUCAAUCCCAUUGCACAAGAGGCACGUAAUCUCUUCCGCGGGGUGAUCCUGCUUUAGGUUUCCUUCCAUUCCCGAGGUGCGAUUAUCCGAGCUCUUCCCAAGUUCCUUCUUGUUCUUGUCAGGGUGUUCCUCCUCUACCCUUGGUGCGGCUCUUAUCAGUCGAGUCUGGACUCCAUGGAAAUCCAAGCUGAAAAUCGUUCAUGUCGUUCCCCAAAUGGAAUGACUUGUUUUGUAUCGGUCCCACCAUUCUCCGGUAGGCCCUUCUAACAGAAGUGUGGCAAAUCUCACCUUCCC